GGAGAACUUGAAGAAGCAUGGCGUGUGUAUCCGUGUCCUUGGGGACCUGCCGCUUCUGCCCUUGGAUAUUCAGGAGCUGAUUGCCCAAGCUGUGCUGGCCACUAGGAACUACAACAAAUGCUUUCUAAAUGUCUGCUUUGCGUACACAUCGAGACAUGAAAUCAGCAAUGCUGUCAGGGAGAUGGCAUGGGGGGUGGAACAAGGACUGCUCGAACCCAGUGAUGUGUCUGAAUCGUUGCUUGAUAAGUGUCUGUACACCAGCAACUCCCCUGACCCAGACCUCCUGAUCCGAACCUCUGGAGAGGUUCGAUUGAGUGAUUUCUUGCUCUGGCAGACGUCCCAUUCGUGCCUGGUGUUUCAGUCAGUCUUGUGGCCAGAAUAUUCCUUUUGGAACUUGUGCGAGGCUAUCCUUCGGUUCCAGAUGAACUACAAUGCCUUACAGAAGGCCAGAGACUCCUACAUGGAGGAAAGGAGGCGACAACAGAUGGAAAGGGAUCAGGCUUAUGUGACAAAGAAGCUGCAGCAGGAGGGGUUUGCAUCCCACGGAGACUCUCGGCGUCGACGGACACUGUUGCAGAAAUGCACCGCCAUGCGGGAGGAGAGAAUCCAGGGAUUUCUACAGGCACUAGAGCACAAGCGAGCGGACUUCUUUGAAAGAUUGUGUACGGUGUCUGCAUGACAUAGGUGCUGGGUUCUUCUUGGGAAGACAGUUUUUAACCACGUUAGAGGGAACAGCUUGCCCAGAGGAGUUCAUUCGGUGCGGUUCUGCAGCGGGGAUGCAGGGCUGCUGUAGGACUUUACGUCCCCACUGGCCCUGUCCGAGGGCUGGGACAGAGUACUGUGAACCUUUCUAGUUCUGUGAAUGCUGCUGAGGAAGGUGAUGCCGUCCUUGUCUCAUCUCCCUGCCCCGAGAUGGAGAAUAUGUGCA